AGAGAAGUUUCUCCAAAAAGGAAAUUUCUUUGUUCCGCGUCAGCGAAAAAGAGAAAGCGCGACGCGUAGCGGAAGUCGUUGGUUACUGCUUCAUUAUUUCUUAGGAUCAUAAGAAACAGAAUUCCCAACCAAACACACUGCAACCUCGUUAGUUCCGAAGUUAAUUUCAAACGGAACCAUGUCCACUAAAUUUCGGGGAUCACAAGAACACCAUCAUGGUUCUUCUUCUUCCAGCACCAGCACUUCACACGUUCCCCCUGCCCAAGCUGCUGGACUUGUUGCUAUUUUGAAGGAUAAAAGUGUUGAUGAGUUGCGGAAGCUCUUAUCUAACAAAGAUGCGUAUCAGCAAUUUUUAAGUUCGCUUGAUGAGGUCAAGAUUCAAAAUGAUGUGAAUGAUGAUCUUUGCAAGGAGAAUCUGCAGCUUGCCGAUGAAAAUCUACAAAAGGAACCUCGUAUUUUGGAACUUAGGAACCAGAAUAAAAUAAUUUGUACAACUGAGCUGGCUAUGGCUCAAGAGAAACUGAAUGGGCUUGAGAAGCAGAAAGAGGAAAUGAUGAAGUUGAAUUCCCCACUAUACCUUCUCCAAUGGAUUCAAGAGGCUAUGAAUAAGACAGAAGCGGAAUCUGAAAAUCUGCAUCAGCAAGUCCUUGACCGAGAGAUUGACAUUGGAGCUUUUCUGCAGAAAUACAAAAAGCUGCGUACUGCUUACCACAGGAAAAGUCUCGUACAUCUUGCAGCUAGAACAUCAAAUAUAUAGCUACAUAAAGAAUACGAAAAUUAAGAAUGCCACUCUUUGUUUGUGGAGCAUGUGACUGAUUUUUUCUUCAUUCUUGUCUAUAUAGUAGCCAUCUGUCAAUACAUAUGUUUUCAUUUUUAAGUAGAGUCGGACCAUCUGGGAGAGAGUUACUGACAACCGCACUUCCUAUUAUUCAGCUUCUGCGUUACUUUUGUCAAUAAGAUUUUUCUGAGUCUACGUUAUUAUAGGA